GCGGAUCAGCGUGCUCCCCCCUCGCCUCAGCCGUGCACAUCCGAGUGACCAAGGAGUCCGAUUUCACCAAGCGCACCAGGCACGCCCCCUCCACCACAGUCAUUCUCGAGCUUCAGAACCACGUCACUUUGAAGCGAGGGCUGCUGUUCGGGCCAGAGUAUGCGUGCACAGUGCUGCGAUCGGGAGGCGGGGCCAAAGGGAGGGGGUAUCGGCUGUACGUACAUCGGGUGGAUGAGCCGCUGCUGCGAGUUUGGAACACCAGCAAUGUGAUUGUGCAGCGCGUGCAGGUGGGUCGAGAGUGGUGCUCUACGAGCAGAAUGAGGUGCGGCGUGCAGUGGUAUUUAGGCAACAGAGGGAGGGGGUAUUGCCUGUACGUGCAUCGGGUGGAUGAGCCGCUGCUGAGGGUGUGGAACACCAGCAACGUCCUUGUGCAGUGCGUGCAGGUGAGAGCGAUGCUGUGCGGUGCUCUGUGGGAGAAGGUUCCCCUGCUGUACGUGCAUCAGGUGGAUGAGCCGCUGCUGAGGGUGUGGAACACCAGCAACGUGAUUGUGCAGCGCGUGCAGAUGUCGCAGCCGUUCCGAGCCUACUCGCCCGCAUGCCCCAGGGAGAUCCCCGACGUGGGAACAGACAUCAUCUGCCCUCUCAUCCACGUCUACCGCUCCUACGGCGUUCAGAUCGUUAAAGGCUACACGUUUGGGCGGGUAGACGUGAUGCGAACGAUGCACAGCCGCAUUGACAGCAUGGAGAUGACGGCAGUAUCGGACUUCAAGAGGGGCAACGGAGUCAUUCGAGUGAUGCUGUCGGGUUAUGGACCCCUGCUGGUGCGCUGCCACGUGUACAUCACCAAUAAUGAGAUCUACGGCGCGUACAUGCCAGUGCUGUUACACGUGGGCGCGGUGGGAGCAGUGGUGAGGAACAACUACGUGCAUGACUUCGUGUUUGCUGCAAUCACAUGCGGCAACAUGGUUCACUCGCAGGGGGACUGCAUGCUCAGCACCAUAUCCAACAACCUCGUUGUGGCAGCAGGGCGGAACCUCACAGGGGGUUGGGACGCCACGGGGAUAUACUUCGUAACGCACUGGAUUAACCCGGGUAAUUUGGCGGAGUGCAACUACGUUAUCGGGGGUGACCACUGCUACUACCUGGACUAUGCCAGCUCGGGUGUGACUAUACGCGGAGGGGCUUGUAUCGGGACGGUUGAUGGCAUGAAGGUCAACAACGGGAAAUGGAACCGCGUCUCCCACGUGGCGAUGAAGGGCACGGAGGGCACGCCAGGGCGGAACCGCAUCUCCCAUGUGGUGAUGAAGGGCACGGAGGGCACACCGGGGUGGUGCGCGUGUCUCACAGCCACCAUCUGCAACUGCCUCAAAGAUCCCGGCAACUAUUGGGACCGCAUGCGAGCCAAGUACUACAACAGCCCCGUUUUUCAGCAGAAAUGGCCAUGGAUGAAGAGCAUUUGUAGCGAGACAUCCAUUAACGGGGUUCAGUGUAACACUAACGCGCCGGGCACUCUAAAAGAUACGGAGACAGGCAAGUGCAGCGGGCUGCCCACGAAUAAUUACAUCGACCUGGUAUUGGUCGAUGUGAAAGAUGCGGAGUUGAAUUACCGUUACUGCUAUGAGAAGCUGCCAAACACACCCAAGUUAAAUACGCAUCAGCAUGUCAAUGUAACCUCGCGCUCGGCAAAAUUCUUCAAUUAUGACAGCAACGAUCUGGGCGUUAUGAAGAGUUCUCCUAUUUUCAAGAAGCGACCAGGAUUCAAAAGCUGCCCUAGGAAGAAUGUUGGACCCAAGAAGGUAAGGGCAUUGUUUUACCAUAAAAAGUUUGGGAUUGCCAAGCCGUUGCAGUUUACAUUAGUGAAGUGGAUGAAUAUUAGCCAUUUCCAUGACCCGAGUCUAAUUGACAGUUAUUCCUGGUCACUCGCGUCACGAUCCUUCGCCAUGCGUCGUUACCUCCUUCCUCUCUUCGCCCGUUUCGUCAACUUCGCCACGCGGCUCGUCGACGCGCUCUGCGGCUUCCUCUUCCUCCCGCCGCUCGCGACGCGCCUGCUGCAGUGGCUCCUCCCGUUAGAGGAACGCGCGGUGCUGCGCGCCGCGUACAAGGCCACGGGACUGCGUGACUAUGGCGAGGGAACGUUUCUGACGGGGCUGCGGCUUCUAUUGAAGGGGCUCGAAGAGGAGGCGAGGCUGAGCGCGUUUGGGAGGAUUCUUAUAUGGAACGAUGUACAGCGCCUGCUGCGGUACCGGCUGCAGCUGGAGGAUACAAGGAGGCGGCAUCCCGAGAUUGAGGAGGAGAAGAUCGAGGCCCCAGUGUUCAUAUUGGGUCUGCCCCGAACAGGCACCACGUUCCUCUUCAACCUGCUCGCCCUCGACACAUCGCUCUUCCGCUCGCCGCUCACAUGGGAGGUGCAUCACAUGCAUCCUCCCCCGGACGCCACCUGCUACGACACCGACAAGCGCAUUGGGGAGACGGAGGCGUUUUUGGAAGGGGUCUCCGCGCUGCUGCCUUCCUUUCAGGCAUUACAUCCCGUGACGGCAACAGGUCCACAGGAGUGCAUGGGACUCAUGAUGUACGAUUUCACCUCAUUCGCCUUCCCCACCAUCCACUUCAACAUCCCCUCCUACUUCCGCUGGUACCUCUCCUCCGACCUCACCUCCACCUACCGCCUCCUGCGCUGGCAGCUGCAGUACCUGCAGUGGCGCGGCCCUAAAGCCCCCCGCUGGCUGCUCAAGUGUCCGGCUCACCUCUUCUCUCUGCCUGCGCUUAUGACCGCUUUUCCCGACGCAAAACUCAUCUUCACACACAGGAAUCCGCUGACUGUGCUAGCAUCGGCACAUAGCCUUAUAAGGGGGAUAAGGAGCAUUCACUCGGACCACGUUGACAAAUCAGAGAUCUCCCAGACUUGGGUGCCAGCUGUCGCAAGCGCAUUGGCUGAGAUGAUGCGGCUGCGGGGGAUCGACGGGGCAGGCAUGGAGGGGAAGGGAGGGGCGUGCGAAGGGGUUGAGGAAGAAGAGACUGGAGGAGAGAAGAAGGGGCAUUCAGAUGGCUCAACUUUUGAGAUGUCUCAAAAGGGAGGGGCGUGCGAAUGGGUUGAGGAGGAAGAAGUGACUGGAGACCAGAAGAAGGGGCAUUCAGAUGGCUCAAAUGGCUAUGUGACUGUAACGAAGGGGGAGAAGAUAGGGGGAGGAGAGGAGAUGGAGGGAAGUGCAGGCGGUACUGUGAGCAGUGGAAGCACAAGCAACGGUUCUUCGCCUAUUGGUGUGAACAGGAGUGACACCAGCAGCAGUAGUGGUAACAGUAGUAACGAACUGUCUUCAGUAGACAGUGCUGAUGUGCUGCUGGCUUUACGGACAUCCCAGGCCGUUGAUGUGUGCUACAGCGAUCUCGUGGCUGAUCCAAUGGCCACGGUGCGCCGCAUCUACCGAGAUCUGCUCAAGCGCCAGCUGGACGAUGACGUGGCGGAUAAGAUGCACGCCUACCUGGCAGCUAAUUCCAAGGAGAAGCGGCCGCGGCACCACUACAAGUGGGAGGACACAAUGCUGGAUAGGCAGGAGGAGAAGCAGCGCUUUGACUUCUAUAUCCGUGCCUUCGGUCUCAAGAGCGAGCAGUAG